AGGCGGGCCAGCCAGCCAGCCAGCAGCCAGCCAGCCGCGAGCGCGCUCCGCCGGGAAAGUCGCGCCAGCGGCGGGAGGAGAGCGAUCCGCCGUGACGUGACGGAAAAGGGGCCUGGCCGUGCAGGACCCGCCGCCACGCGAGCUCCGCCAUGGCCGAGACGAAGGACACACAUGAGGAACACGACUCAACAACUGACAGUGUAGAUGAUUCUAACCACGACCCCCAGUUUGAGCCUAUAGUUUCACUUCCUGAGCAAGAGAUCAAAACCCUUGAAGAAGAUGAGGAAGAACUCUUUAAGAUGCGGGCAAAGCUGUUCCGGUUUGCAUCAGAAAAUGAUCUUCCAGAAUGGAAAGAGCGAGGCACUGGUGAUGUAAAACUUCUAAAGCACAAAGAGAAGGGGACCAUUCGUCUCUUGAUGAGGAGAGAUAAAACCCUAAAAAUCUGUGCAAAUCAUUACAUUACACCGCUAAUGGAGCUGAAACCUAAUGCUGGCAGCGACAGGGCCUGGGUGUGGAAUACACAUGCCGAUUUUGCGGAUGAGAGCCCUAAACCAGAACUUCUGGCAAUUCGGUUUUUAAAUGCAGAAAAUGCACAGAAAUUCAAGGCAAAAUUUGAAGAAUGUAGGAAUGAGGUUGAUAAGGGAAAGAAAGCAGGAACAAACAAAAAUGAUAGUGCUGAUAAAGUUGCUGAGAAAUUAGAAGAACUUUCUGUAAAGGAAGAGAGCAAAGAGUUGGAGAAGAAAGAAGUCAAGGAGAAAACUGAAGAAAAGCAAUAAAUCAUUCUGGGCCUUGUGUUUUCUUUUUUCUUAUUUUUUUAUUUUUCAAGGGACUUUAUAAAGAACUGUAUUCCAACAUUCAAUUUUUUUUCUAAGCUUUUGCCCUUUUUGAAGAGAUCUUCAGAAAAAACCAUUCCCCAGUCAUGAAAAUGUACUGUGCUAAACUUUCUUUUCCAUAGUGGAAACACUUAUUUAUAGUCAUCCAAGAGAGUGAAUAAAGCUUUGAAAAUGGUA